AUGCUUCGUCUUUUCUCUAGAACUGCUCAAACAACUGUCAGAAGUGCAUUCAGACCCAACCCGACCCUUAGUACUAUUACCAAAGCAACCAUGAGCGGUAUGCUUCUUCAAUCGACUCAAUUGUGGCAGGACAUAUCUAACAUUUUUUGCANNGGAAAGGCAGAGAAUCCUCAGCUGAAGAACAGCGACCUCUUCGAUGUCUCGCACAUCACCGCCGUCGUCACUGGUGGCGGCACCGGUAUUGGUCUCAUGAUUACCCAAGCCCUUGUCACCAACGGAGCCAAGGUCUACAUCACCGGCAGAAGAAAGGAGAAGCUUGACAAGGCCAUUGAGCUGUACAGCACUGGUCCCGGAAGCAUCCACGCUCUUCCUGGUGACGUUAGCGACAAGGAAGACGUCAUUCGUCUUGCCAAAGAGAUGGAGUCAAAGGAGCCCAACGGUAUCCACUUGCUGGUCAACAAUGCUGGUAUCGCCAGAGACGACGACACCAAGUUCUCCUCCAACGGCCAGCCUGACAUGACUGAUGCUAAGGCCAUUUCGGAACACUUCCUGAAGACAAAGCCCGAGCAGUUUGCCGACACUUUCAAGACCAACGUUGCGGCUGUCUACUACAUGUCCAUGGCAUUCCUGCCUCUUCUGGCCAAGGGUCGCGAAGUUACCCCUGGCUACACCUCAAGCGUCGUCAAUGUGAGCUCCAUCAGUGGUGCCAUGAAAGGAUCCAGCAAUGGUCAGUUUGCAUAUGCUGCCUCCAAGGCCGCUGCCACUCACGUCAGCCGUAUGCUUGCAACCACCUUCAAGGACACCAAGGUCCGCUGCAAUGUCAUCGCUCCUGGUGUCUUCCCCAGUGAGAUGACUGCUGGUAGCUCUGGAGACGACAACAAGAGCAAGCUUGACAUGAAGCCCAGCAACCCUGCAGGCAGAUUUGGCUUCGACAGCGACAUGGCAGCCACCAUUCUCUUCCUCGCUGGCCGUGGAGGUGUCUUCUACAACGAGCAGAUCAUGUAUCCUGAUGGAGGAAACACUCUUGUCCAGCCUGCAUACAACUAA